GAAAUAAAUUUCAUCAUUCGAUUUAGAAUACAGAGUCACUUUGUUGAGAUCUGUCACGAUGAGAAGAAAGAGAGCCAAGAAUGGGCGCAGUACGUCGUUGAAGAUGACUCUAAAUCAAGUGCUGCGGGAAGGGUAUCGUGCACCAUUCAUCGAUCAGGUCACAUACUGGUGCCUUUCGGCCACAAUGAUUACGACUCUGGCGUCAUUACUGUUUUUGUUCAAAGCAAACAAAGCCUUUGACGAUGAAAAUGUUCGAUUUUUUAAAGGUGAAUCCGAUGAAUACACGAAUGAUGAAUUCAAUAAAUACGUGAAUGGUGUAAUUGGUGAAUGUUUCACCUCGGUAUUACAAGAAAAUUACCACAAAUUACCGCUUGCAUUUCGACGAACUGUGGAGCAAGCAUGUCCUGAUUUUCUUCGUCCAGAAAAUUGGCCAGCUCGCGAGGGCAUGGGGAACGCAUUCAAUCAUCUCAUCACUCAGUACAUAACAAACGUCAAAAAUAACAUCAAAGUAUGGGCAUUCAGUCGCAUCAAGAAAUUUUUCACACUAAAGCGCUACGAACUGAAUUUGAAUCGACAAGGAAAUCUCAUCACUGAAUUGGAUGUAAAACGUGCGACGAAGAUCGUAAUGUUCCAAAGUAGAGUCGAGAGAAACGCGAACAUCGAUCUUCUAUUAAACGAAGCAGCAGGCAUUGGAUUGCCAAUCAAUGUACACUUUCAGAAUCUCAUUCGUGAUCGCUGGUUCCAAACCAUUCCAAUAUUUAUAAACAUUCAGCGACAAAUUUUCGAUUUUCACGCGAAAUAUGAAAUGUUGAAACAACGCUGGUUCCAAUAUCGACGCGAUCCGAACAACAAUGUCAUGCCGACCACUCCACUCCCGCCAAAAAUAAAGAAUUUUUUAGUAGUUCCAAUCCACGAUUUCGAUAUGAAACAUAUCCGCAUCGAUAUCCAUCUUUUUUAUUUGAUUGCGCGCAAAUUUGGAGCAUUGAAAUUGGCAAAAGGAAAACGCGGUCAGCCAAUAAACAUUGAAAAAACUGAAUACGAUAGCAAUCCAGCUUUCUAUUGGAAUUUAAUAUUUGACAUGCCAAAAAUUUCGAAACUUGGAAAUGGUAAGGAAUUCGAUUUUGCUGUGGCAACCGAUAGUGUGGCAGUUUCGUUAUGUUUCGUGAAGCCUGAACGCAAUACACCAGAACUUGAUAACAACACCAUCAAAGAGAAGUACAAUAAUUUUGAGUUUGAUUAUGUGCUUGGAAUCGAUCCAGGAGUUCGUACAUGGAACGCCACAGUUCGCAAACACGUUCGAUCCGGCAACGAGGAAAACAUCACAAUUGAUGGUCCAAAAUACCAUUUCAAAGCGAAAUAUGGCAAACGCAAGCGUAAAUCCGAUCAAUGGACUGAAUUGUUGCAAAAACAACGGGAGCUCGACUAUAAACGCUAUGCAUUUUUUCCAUCGCCGAAAGGACGUUCACAUUGGAUGUGUUACAUCGCUUAUUAUGUGAAAAUGAUGAAACCAGCUAUGGCGGUGUACACAACAAGAAAGUUUAUUCGACUCCGUCUCGAUAAAUACAUCGAAGAGAAUCGGGCCAGUGACAAAAUCGCGGCAUCACUGACGAAAAAAAAGUCGGCGCUCGUUUUUAUUGGUGCAGCUCAAAUAGCUCCAAACUCACCAAUUGGUAUUAAAAAGCGAUUGCGAUGCCCGGGAUUACGACGACUAUUGAACAGUUUUAAGAAGUUGGGAAAUUGUAUUGUACGAUUGGUCGACGAAUACAAUACAUCGCAAACUUGUGCAAAAUGUUUCCGGCCAUUCGAUCGACGAACCAAAAGCGAUCGAUACAAAGUUUGUCAGCAUUGUAUUCCAAGUGAAGAUGAGUCAUCGCAAUGGAAUUUACCGAACGUCAUUAUCACCAUGAAAAGCAACCGAGUGUACCAACAAUUGCGUAAAUAUGCAGUUGAUUUUGUUAAUCGAUUGAAUGCAGUCAACCCAGAUCAUAUUCCAAUGGAUUCAGAUGGUUUAGUGUCAAAACUUCAAGUAUGUUUCAAAAACUGGCAACUAAACACUGGCAUUUGGAAAGAUGAUCAAGCUCCAUUUCAAUUGAAAACUGUUUGGCACCGGGAUAUCGUUGCAGCCAAGAACAUCAUGUACAAAGGUCUUUGUACGGUGUUGGGAUUGGACAUUCAUCCGCAACUAUUGAGACCACAGAAUCAAAAUGCUGCCGUACAAAAUCAAGCAGCUGACGAUGAGGAUUCCAGUGACGAUGAGAACUACGUUUAUGUUCUCGAUGUUUCCGAUGACGACCAGUUUUAAUUACAUGUAGCAUUAAGAUUUCUUUUUAAAUAAUAUUAUUGUAACGUUUUGUUACUAUGCUGGGCUUGAGUUUUGUGGCCUUGACCGAAGUACGGGCAGUUCGGUAUAUAAAAUAACCCGUAGGUGAGUAUCAUUUAUUGAACUGAACCGAUAGUAUAUUGAUGUUGAUUCAUACUUAGUAACUGAGUUUAUUUUUUCUCUUUUUUCUUUCCAUUGCGACGUUGAAAAUGACUGAAACUACACUCAAAUCCGACCCCAAUAUUGACCGUCAACAUAUGCCCGAUAAUGGAUGAAUU